GGAAAAAAUUGAUGGCGCGAAACACAGCUUAUCUUGUUGCCGCCAUCUGCGGGGUGGCGCUAGAGCUAGAUUGGGUUAGGCGCAAAAUCUCCUCCUUGACACCGCCUUCAUCAACUUCUAGAUAAAGUGACCGGGAAGGUACCGCGUCGAGUCAUCUCUCAUCCCGACCUAUCUUCCCGAUAUCGUGUCAUUCGGCUUUAAUUGUUUCUAUCUGUUCCUUUUGGCGUCAAGGCCGUCAUUUCACAUUCACACAAAAUUGCUUCCUGGAGAAGACUCAUGUUCAAUUCGAGACGGUAGUCGAAGUUGGCAAGGGCUCGUGGCAUCUCUAGCCGGUUGGACUUUCUCAAUACACUCCCCCCAAACUUCAUCGUCGGAAGCGAUCUUACUAACCGAGGAUCAUUCUUCUUGUCUUUAAAGCUGCUCUAAAGGCCAGUCGUACUACAUACAAAUCACCUCUGGUCUUUUCUUGUAUACGUCAAGUGGUAGACCUGUCGCAUCAUGGCUUCACGUCGGUCGAGGUCCCCAUCGACCCCUUCUGAGGGUGAGAUCAUCGAAUCAGGUUCAGAGACGAAGGCAACUACGUCGCAACUUCCUCUUAAUGGCAACAGCGUUGACCGUCCCACCAGAGCCAGUAUAUCACCGGCGCCCAGAUCUCCAGCAUCUCUAAGCAGCAGAUCGUCUCGUCGCCGGAGAUCGAGGACAAGAUCGCGUUCCCGGUCCCGCUCUCCCUACCGAAGCUACAGAGGACAUAAGCGUCGACUUGACGAUGAUUAUGAUGAUCGACGGUUCCGGAACGACAUCUCGCGACGCGGCGGAUACCCGUACGAUGACCGGUACUAUGAUCGUGGUUCCUCCCAUAGACGGCCAAGGCCCUAUCACGACUAUGAUCGGGAGGAGGAUUAUAGCGGUGGUCUUCGAUAUAGCGAUGACUAUGACCGACGCCGGGAUAAGCGUCCUCGUACCCGAAGCCGAACACCACCGUACCGCGAAGUCCGGAAACCUAGGCAAUACUCGGGUGAUGAGUGGGAAACCCCUAGGGAGGAAAGUGUAGCUUCCAAGGAUGCUAGAAGAAGGUCGUCUACUGAACAGUUAGUGAGCGAACGAGGGCUAACACCCGUCGCUCGAGAUUCUAAACGUGAUACUGAAACUCGAACGAAUCAGGUGCAGCAAGGUUCUGAAGAUACCAUGUCGCUUACUGAAGAAGGUACAAACGCAACGGUGCAACAAACCCACGAAGAGCCUCAACCGACCGAGCCGGUUGACGAAGCAACUCGAUUAGAGGCUCGUCGGAAACGGCGUGAAGCUAUCAAAGCUAAGUAUAGAGGCCAGGCUACGCCUUUACGUUUACAGGCACUCCAUAUCGCAGGCGAUAGGGACUCGUCUACACCUAUUAGCGAGCCUGUUGCAACAAACAACGCAGCGUCAGACUCGCAGCUGUCAGCUUCCGAAACACCAAACGACAGCACUGGAGAGGCGUUCUCCGACUUCAAGAUCGGCAAGGAUGCUGAGUUGGUUAAUGACGAUGCUCCCGUGGAUGGAACUGAUAAAGAUGAACCUUCUGCAGCCGACUAUGACCCCACUCUUGACAUGAAAGCCGAGAGGGAAAAGCAUACAAGUGCGGACGUUUCUGCGGCGUCAUACGACGAGACGCAAACCACCAAACAGGAUGUUCUAAUCCCCGAUGCUGCUCCAGUGCAGCAAGAACAGGCCAAGGCGAAGGAUCCAUACGACAUGUUUGCAGAGGAUGAUGAUGACAUGUUCGCCGAAGAAACACACGAUACAGCACAGCCAGUGCAUGCUUCGGCCAUGCCAGCCGUGCCUCAGCCACAGGAGCUCGACAUCAGCAUGAUGGACAACUGGGAUGAUCCGGAAGGAUACUACAAUGUGCGUCUUGGUGAGUUGAUCAAUGGACGGUAUCAUGUACAGCAGAGCCUCGGCAAAGGCAUGUUCUCGUCCGUCGUACGCGCGACCGACUCGAAAACUGGUAAGCUGGUUGCAGUCAAGAUUAUUCGACAGAACGACACCAUGAGGAAGGCAGGUAUGAAGGAAAUUGGCAUUUUGGAACAGCUCCAUGAAGCCGAUCCCGAUGAUAAAAAGCACAUUAUCAAAUUCGAACGCCAUUUCGAUCAUAAGGGACACCUCUGUAUGGUUUUCGAGAAUCUCAGCAUGAACUUACGUGAGGUGUUGAAGAAAUUUGGACGAGAUGUUGGGCUGAACCUAAUGGCGAUUCGGGCGUACGCACAGCAGAUCUUCCUCGGACUGAGUUUGCUUCGGAAGUGUAAUAUCCUCCAUGCGGACUUGAAACCCGACAACCUACUGGUCAACGAACAGCGAAACGUCCUCAAGGUCUGUGACUUGGGCUCUGCAUCGUCGACUACGGAGAACGAGAUUACACCGUACCUUGUGAGUCGGUUCUACAGAGCCCCCGAGAUCAUCCUGGGCAUUCCCUAUGAUCAAGCCAUUGAUGUAUGGUCCAUUGGCUGUACGUUAUUCGAGUUGUACACGGGCAAGAUUUUGUUUACGGGGCGGAAUAACAAUCAGAUGCUACGGUCAAUCAUGGAAUGUCGGGGCAAAUACCCGCCCAAGCUUCUGCGAAAGGGAUCGCUGACGCACAUACAUUUUGACGACAUGUUGAAUUUCCACAGCACCGAAGAAGACAAGAUCACAGGGCGUCUGGUCACGCGGGUGGUUGACUUCAAAAAGCCCACUCGGGAUCUGAAAACGAGGCUGAUGGGCAAAGGUACUCGCGGAAUGACGGACAGCGAGGCAAAGGAGCUGACACUGUUUGUGGAUCUGCUGGAUCGCUGUUUGAGUCUGAACCCGGAAAAGCGGUGCACGCCGGCUGAGGCUCUGAAGCAUCCGUUCAUUUCGCGGCCGAAGACUUAGCUUCGUUGCCAGGAGUGGAGCUCCCACUCACCGUUCCUUGUAUAUAGUAGUAUAAUGUCAUCGUAGUAUACUUGUGUUUACUCGAUCCAAUGGGAAUAUAACCACCGUUCCCCGUUUUCAUCGGGUGAAGUUGCCACUUAUCUGAUUGCCGGGUGGAGUAGGGAUUUAAAUUGUCUAGACCAACAGUUCCCUCUCGAGCGGGUGGCAAACAUCCGGCUGUCUGACUCAAUGGAUGAUGCAAAGACGAUCCCGAUCCCUAUCCCUAUCCCUAUCCAUCGUCGAUGGGGAGGGGUGUGAGUAAUAUUUUUUUUUUUGCUUGUUGUUGUUGGCCCAGUAUGGAUUAUCCCAUACCAUCACCACGACAAAUCUCACUCUGCCAUCCACGCGGAGCGCAACGAGGCAAACAAUAAUUGCGGAGAAAAGGAAAAGCCAGAGACCCAGAUCAUCAUGCAAGAAACCAGUCCAGAAUGAUGUCAGCAGUUACCAGUUGAGGAGGCGUUCAUGUUACACGUCUAUCCCCUGGACUAUCCAUCUCAUAUCAAUAAUGACUGGAUAUGUAUAUGACGAGGGGCCCGUAAAAG